AUGGUCUCUCAUAAUAAUGACUUAGACAGGCCUUUUCAUUACUAUGCAUCUCAAAACUACUAUAAUAAGUAAAUGGAAGAUAGAGUAGAUGACUAUAUCAGAUUAGCAGUAGAUUAUGAUGAAAUCUGGGAUAGAGGCUCAAGACUGCUAGAUGAAAUAAAGCACACAUUUCUUCAAUUUAAGGAUAACGUUAAUAACACAGCCAAUCUAAAUUAGACGACUCUUCCUGUUCAUUUUAUGCCAUGGGCCUCUGAUAUCUAAAUUGAUAAGAAAUUAAAGGAGUUUGAAGUGAUUAAGGAGGAUUUGCAAAGAUUUUUAGCACGCAUUCCCAAAUAUACUCUGAUGCAUAAAAUCAGAAAUUAAAUGAUGAAGGACAUUCUUAAAUACAGAUAUGAGCUAGAGAGAUUAACUUAGUUGAUUCUGUCUGAUCAUAGAAAACCCAUUUAUCCUCCAGCAUUGAUUAAUGAGAUAAGACCUCCUAAUUUCAGGGCUUUCAUUCAUUAGGAGCAACAAUUUUAACCAAAUGCUCCUAGAUAUAACUAAUUUGUAGGAUUCAAAGUCAACUUUGACUAUAUUAUAAACAUCUUGAAAGGAGAGUACUCAUACAUGCAGAUAAUUUACACAGUAUUUAAUCUGGGCUAGUGCUAACUAGAACCUUAAUUGACAGGGGUUUACGAAGUUAGAAAUUAUCAUCAUGGUCCAAAGUAACUUGGAGAAAGCGUGUUUAACACUAGAUCGCUAAUUAUCUAAGAAUUAGACCCUUCACCCAACUCCUAUCUUGUGCUUGAGAUACUUGGAAAACCAUGCAAUCCCAAAAAACUUUUUAUAGAGGAAUAAAUUGAUGGAGAUGGUAAUGGGUACCCUUUAUCGCCUGAUGAUGAAUUCGAAAAGAGCUAAGGUCUAAAAAUGGUAACUGCUGAAGGGCUUAAACCAAUAGGAUGGACUGCUAUCAAACUAUUUGAUGAUUAUUUAGAAUUAGACAGAGGGAACUAUAAAGUCCCUAUUUACGAAACUCCCACUAAUGUGCAAGAGCUGAGCGAUGAGCUGUUUCGAUAAAUCAAUAGAGUUGGUCCAAUGACUAUUUGGAUGAGAUUAUAUCAUGCAGAUGAAGAUGAUAAACAGUUCACUUGUCAUCCUUCUUACUCUCAUUAACCAAAGUCAAAGAGAGAUCCAAAUUAUAAAUGCAAAGGAUUUAAUGUGUUUAUUCAUCACUCUAGAGGACAUACUCCCGUUAGACCAAUAAGAGUUGCAUUUUUGCUUCAAUUUGGAAGACACAUUCUCAAGCAUGAAUCAGGAGGAGUAUAUUUCUAUGCAACUUCUGGUAUAUUUCCAAGAAGGAAAAACCCAAAGAAUCUUACUCCAGAAUAAGAAAUAGGGUUGAUAGAGGCUGAAUAUGAUUUAAUUGGAUAUGGUGUAGUUGCAGUUAAUGAUAUUAAUGGUAAGAUGAACUAUGGUGACUACACGUUGAGGCUCUAUGAUGGUCCUAUUUAUCUAGAGGAGAUUAGCUAGGCUAAGCAGAAAAAUAUGGAUAUUAGAGUGACUUUUGAGUCUGCAACAGUGAAAGAAAUCAUUCCUUAGUAUCCCCCUAAGAACUAUAAUAUGAAUGAUCCUAAAGUCAAAUAGCUUUUCUCUGAUAUGCCAAAAAGCAUAAAUAGAUCUCAUCUUAAAAGGCAAGAGACUAUUCUCACAUCUAUAGUGCUUCCAAAUCAAAGAAAAAAGGAAAAACCUCCAUUUUAUGAAGUUUGA